AUGAGGAAGGGAAAUCUGAGCAUGAGGGAAUUCCUCAACAAAAUGAAAAGCUGCUUUGAUAUGCUAGCCUCUAUUGGAGCAAAAGUAGCAGAUAAAGAUCAGAUCCUCCACAUCAUCUUAGCUCUUGGAACAGAAUAUGACCCUGUCAUGAUAACUGUAACCUCAAGAAUGGACACUUGGUCAGUUAUGGAUGUUCAAGCUUUACUCCUAAGCUAUGAGUCUAGACUUGAGUCCACUGGAGCUAUCAACCUCAACAAUGGAUCUGGUAACAUCAAUCAAGAUGGAUCUCAACCUUCCUUGAAUCUGGCUCAGAAUCCAUCAAGAGCAGUUCUUGAUAAGAGGGAGAGUUCGAGUUCUGCACCUGAUGAUGUUGGUCAUGAUGUUUCUGGCCCAAUUGAUGUGCCAGAGAGCUACAAGUUAGCUCGGGAUAGAGUGAGGCGUACCAAUAUACAAGCUCCGAUUGGCUACAAGCGUUGUGAUGUUGAUUGUUGUGUUUACACUAAGAGCCUUGGUGAUGGUUCUAUGAUUUUUCUGUUACUUUAUGUUGAUGACAUGCUUAUUGCUGCCAAGAAUAUGCGUGAUAUUAUUGAUCUGAAAAGCCUUUUGAGUCAGGAAUUUGAGAUGAAGGAUUUGGGGGCUGCGAAGAAGAUUCUUGGGAUGGAGAUUCACAGGGAUAGAGGAUCAAAUAAGCUGUGGUUAUCUCAUAAGGGUUAUGUGGAGAAGGUGCUACAGAGGUUUGGGAUGAAUGAAGCAAAACCGGUGAGCACUCCAUUAGCAAACCACUUCAAGCUUUCUGUUGAUCAGUGUCCCAAGUCGGACAAGGAGACUCAGGAUAUGGUGGAAGUACCUUAUGCCAGUGCUGUUGGAUGUCUGAUGUAUGCCAUGGUAUGUACUCGUCCUGAUUUAGCUCAUGCUGUUGGUCAAGUUUGCAAGUAUAUGUCUAGGCCGGGUAAACAGCAUUGGGAGGCAGUCAAAUGGAUUUUCAGAUAUUUGAAAGGUACUGCGGGAUAUGGUAUUGUGUUUGGAGAUCAGCGGUUGGAUCCUUUGGUUGUAGGAUAUGUGGAUUCUGAUUAUGCUGGGGACUUGGAUAAUAGGAGAUCUACUACUGGGGCUCGACAUGAAGAGAUGGGCACGGUGGAGCUCCAUCGGGUCUACUCCGUGCUCGAUGAACGACGAUGGCAACAUCAGCGGGGAGGAGCUCUCGGGAUAUGCCUGUCGGAGGAGAAGUUGCAGUCGAUGAUUGGAAAAUGGAAAGAUUGA